AAAUGUUAAACAAUUUUUAAAAAAAGUAACGUCAUUUCUAUUUCCUGAUUCUGAGAGAAUUACCUUUUUAAAUUGUAUUUCAGGCUACAGAAGAGUGAGAGGAACAUAUACAAAUCACUACUAUUAUGAUAUACACCACCGACAUGCUUCACUUGUGUUUUAUUUUGAAAACAUCAACCGGAAGUCGUAUAUCUGCAAAGCUACUUUUUUGCCCCCAGGUCAGCUCAUCUGCAGUAGAAGAACAGAGGAGAGAUAUGAAGCGCAACACGCGGGCGGAAAGAUGCCAGUUUGUUUCUAUGUGUAGGACACUUUUAGAGACAGUGGUUGUUCUGUUUGUAGGUCACUUUUAGGGACCGUGGGUAUUCUGUCCUUCAACGGUGAUUGGAUGUUAAGUUAUUACACCCGCGCGUAAAUUGACUGGAGCGGUCGAGGAGAAAAGAAGUAACCGGGAGCUACCAAAGGACGGGAGGAAAGGACGGGAGGAAAGGAGGAGUGCCUGAAGCGCUUCAAAAAGAAAGGGACGCGGGUUUGAUACAAAUGCCAUUGGUGCAGUUUUUCUCCACGCAGUGAAACAUUGAAGAGUGUGUAGAUGAGAUGCUGUUGUACGCCCGUACGCUGCGUAUCACCCGGACUGCUAUCAUGUCUGUCACAUUUCUUUAGAGGGAACACUUACUUUUGUUCAUUGAGCUGUGAGCGGAGCUGAGGUUUCACUGAAGAGGCUCUCCAUAAAACGCAGUGCAUGAACAUUUACGAACGAUGGUGAAGUUUCACAACUCAGAUCUCUGGAUAGCCUGGGUGGUCAUUUUCUUCUUGAAGGGAUCAGUGUUUGAUCUACACAAUAAAAAAGUUUGUGUGCAGGCGCUGGAUGUGACUGUUUCCCAGAGCAGUAUCCAGGUGGCCCGGGGCCAAGCAGCCAUCCUGCCCUGCUCCUUUGCCACAAGUGCUGCCCUCAACAACCUGAAUAUCAUCUGGAUGGUGAUCCCACUCUCCAAUGCCAACCAGCCAGAACAGGUGAUCAUUUACCAGGGCGGCCAGGUGUUCAGCCUCGCCAACCAUCUCAAUGGUCGUGUGGGCUUUGUGGCCACCAUGCCAAGUACAAGUGCCUCCAUCUUCAUCAACAACACCCAGCUGUCUGACACUGGGACGUAUCAGUGCCUCGUCAACAACCUCCCAGACAGAGGGGGGCGCAACAUUGGCGUCAUCGGGCUCACUGUGCUAGUGCCGCCCUCAAUGCCAUCGUGUCGAAUCCAGGGCACGCUGGAUGUAGGCAGUGACAUCAUGCUGAUCUGCAGUUCAGAAGAAGGAAUUCCCACACCGUCCUACUCGUGGGAGAAGCUGGAUGCGCUGCCAAAACUGCCGCACAACGCCAUGCAAGAUCAGAUGCAAGGCACUGUCACGCUGAGAAAUGUCAGCACCAGCACAUCAGGACUCUACCAAUGUACCUCCAGCAAUGCAAUCGGCAAGAGCAACUGUUUGCUCAACCUGCAGGUUGUAGCCCCCCAGCCUCAGAGUGUGGGACUUAUAGCAGGCACCAUUGCAACAGGAGUCCUAGCUGUCAUCAUCUGUUCCCUGUUAGUGGUGGUCACACUCUUCUACUGGAAGAACAAGAACAAAUAUGAGGAGGAGGAGAUCCCAAAUGAGAUCAGAGAAGAUGACCUCCCUCCCAAAAGGUCAUCCUCAGUAAAGGCUUUCCAUGCCGACGCCUCAUCUUCAGAAAAUGACACUCUGACAUCUACCAACACAUACAACAGCCGCUACUGGCACAGCCCCAAACCCAACUAUGACACCAACUCCUACACACGCUACAAUGGAGACACUCGCCAUAACUUCACCACGACUGGACAACAAGCGCAUGGAGAAAACACAGGACAUAUCCAGAGUACAGUGGUCACAGCAGCAGGUUCAGCCCCACCAGCCCGCCACAUGCAACCCACAACAGCAACAAUGCCAGCAUUUGCAAAUGGCAGCCACACGUUACCACCUCCAAAGACUUUGGUUGUCACUACAAACUCCGCCCCUUCACCUCCUGCCAUGGUGCGUAGCAAUGGCUCUGUGAGUCUUAAACCUGUGGUACCUUCCCCUCAUGGGCAACACACACACUCCUUCGCUGUGAGCCAAGCCACCCUGGAGCGGAUGGGGGCGGUGCCUGUCAUGGUGCCUGCCCAGAGCCGAGCCGGUUCACUGGUCUGAAGUCUGAGUCACUAAACUUAAAAGCUCUACUUUUUGAAAUCCACUGAUGAAAACCAGAAAAUGGAACGAUGCCUACAGCUGACCCUUUAAACUCUAUCUUUGGACAUGUCUUAAACUAUUUAUCUUAAAACAAACUGCUGUUUUAAAGUGCACAGUUAAUUUAAUGCCAAUUCUUUAUAGGAGUGGACCCUCAGUGGACAAAAGCACUACGUGGGGUUUGAUCGUCUACUUAUUGGAUAUAUUUUUCCUAAGGUGUGGUUGGAAGUAUUUUUUAAAGAAAAAAGUCAAAUGUCCUGCAAAAAAGUAGGUUCAAAUAUUUUUGUCACAGCUGGCUCAGUGUGAUUAUUUUGGUUUCUUUUUUAUUUGUAUUUUUUCCAGAAGCAUAAUGUACUUUCAUUUCAAUGUAUCCAUACUGCAUGGUUAGACAGAAGCAAGCAAGGAUUCUUACAUAAAUGCAUGUUUUAUUGUCAAUAGUAAAAGUGACAUGUUUAAAAGUCUGGAAGAACAUCUGAGGGAGGAAAACCAAGAUAUUAUUAUGGUGGAGGAAGCUAAGAGAGCUGCAAUACAUUGCAUAUAUUAUAUUAUGCUUUACUUAUCUUUGUUAAGAUCAAUUGCUGUCUUAUUUCUCACACAGUGCAUCAAUUGAAAGUUUUAUCAGCACACACAAUGAAUAUUGGAGAAUUUGCAAAGCAUUGACUUUGAUGGGAAAAGCUCCUGAAUACUUUUCAUAACAGAAAGCUACCGUCCCUUUGAUUUAGCCCUGAAGUUCAAGUGAUUGUCAAAGUUUUUACUGUGUUUAUCCUUGCAGUUGUUUGAGACUCAUGUCAAAUAAUUGCUGCUUUAAAGAGAAGUGGAUUCAAGGUUGUUUCUUGUCGGCUGAGGGUUGUAACUAAACGAGUGGGCUGGAUUUUGAAUUGAAGAAAAUGUAUCAGAUGUCUGACUGAACCAUAUUUGUCAACUCGUGUCUUAAUUUUGAUUAGACUUUUCCCUUGUUACAGUACACAGCAAUGUGUUACAAAGUCUUUUAUUGUAUUUGACUGACAGUCUUUAUAUUUUAACCAAACCUAACCAUAGUAAAACAGUGUGUUUUCAAUUGA